UCCUGUUCAAUUGAGUUCGAGAAACAUACUUCAUCGUUCCGUUUACAGCAGCAGCUCUGACUAUGCCGUCUGAUAGAGUUGCGAGCCGAUACAACGAUCUCCGUGACGAUGGUUUUUGGAUAUGCCAUUGAGUCCAAGGCCAAGUAGAUCUCUUAUGCGACGCCCUAUACGCACCUAUUCGACAUCAUAUAUCUCGCCGUUCGUCGACCUAAUUAAUGCGAGGAUUGUAAACUAGCACUCGCCUUAUCAUCUUCUUGGAACCUGCCCUACUAUUCUUCCUGGAAUUCUUUUCCUCAAAGCCUAAGCUCUCCCCAACAUCCACACACCUACACUCUCAUCCAUAUUCUACCCACCCUCAUCUUUCAUCUCAACUAUCAGUUCCAUCUUAAGUCGAGUUUAACCAUUCACUCGAUUUUAAUUUCAUAUUUCCCAGUAGGUUCGUAGAGAUUUCCAGUCAAUGCAUGAUUCCGGUUGCGAACUCCACCAGUCCACUUCCCGAUCCCAUUCUCAAUUCCCAUCGGAGUCGCAACAAUCGCAACAAACGGAAUCAAGCUUCAAAUCCCGAGACUACGAUCUAGAAGACUCGCAACGGGACGUCCCUCAGGCGCUUCUCUUCCCACAUUCUCUUGGCACCGCUGCGCCUGGACGACAGGUCUUGUUGCGACAUCAGAGAGUCAUCCUCGCGCCACCUACACCACCACCCAGUAUGACGGGAACAGUUGAGCGUGAGAUCAUUGAUGAGAAGAACGGAGGCAUGAUGCGUAUGAAGAUGGAGCGAGUCAAGCGCUGGUGGUUUGGUAAGCACAUAUUUCUCCCCUUUUUCCUCUUCUCCUUCCUAGUCUCAAUUUCAUGAAUAUAUCUACGCUUCAUGUAAAGAUGAUGACGGAGUUAAAUUGUGAUAAUGAUCGCGAUGAGGCAAAUUUGGUUUGAUCGAGAAUGCGAUGAAAAAUGCUAACAGAUUCAUAUAGCGCUGAAGCAGCGAGCCACCCCCAAGCUAUUCCCGCAGGCGUGGCUCCUCUUCUUGAUCAUCAUCUUGAUCGCCGUUGGUGCUAUAGUCAGUAAGUAAAUCCUUGCUUUCCGCUUCACAUUUAUGAAACCAGACUAAUCCGAAUUUCUGAAGCCGGUUGGGGUGGUCUGGCUGUCGAGACGGUGCGCCACCAGACGUUGACUCGACCUGCUGGUUCGUCGGCCACUUCUGCGGCGAGACCUGCGCCGCCUAAUCUAGAGGCUAGUGCGUCUACUAUCACUUCAAG